AUGAGUGAAGCCGCGCCUGUUCAUCGCUGCCCCGUCUGCUAUAAGACGUACAAGCGUCGGGAGCACUUGCAAAGACAUCGCGCUUCACACACCUCGGAACGCCCACAUCGUUGCAUUCUGUGCAGCGCCUCUUUCCAACGGACAGACGUCUUGAAGCGUCAUAUCCAGACAUGCGACGGCCUGCCUCAUGGCUCGUCUGGCCGCCGAAGGGCCUGCGAUAGAUGUGUUCGCCAGAAAAAAGCUUGCAACUCGGCCCAGCCCUGCCAAAAUUGCUCAAAACGCGCAGUCCAAUGCUUGUACUCGAGCGUUGGUAGUUCAUCGACAAGCCAGGACGGAGAAACCGGUAGCACCAGUGCUGCCAACUCGGUUGAAAGCUUUUCCAACACGCCCAACACUCAGCAGCAACAGCAGCAACAACAGCAGCCGCAGCAACAGCAACAACAGCAGCAGCAGACUCAACAGUAUCAGCAUCAACAGUUCCUUCAUCAACAGCCUCAGCAGCUCCACCAGCAGCAGCAGCAGCAGCAGCAGCAAGAACAACAACAACGAGCGCAACACCACCACCAACAACAGCAGCAUCAGCCGAUUUAUCUCCAGCAACAGCACCAGUACCAGCACCAACAACAUCAUCAUCAACAGCAGCAGCAGCAGCAGCAGCAGCAGCAGCGACCGCAACACCACCAAUUCCAGCCGCAACAACACCAACAACAGACCUACCAGCAGCAUCCACACCAGCAGCAACACAAUCAACAGCAGCGCCAUCAUCACAACGUCCUCCACGCUCAAGUUACCCAACCACUCACCCAGAUCCCUCAAAUAGCUCCGGUACCGGUUCCCCAGAUACCCCGUAAUCACCAAGUUCCGGUUCCCCAGGUUCUCCAACAGUCCCACCAGUCCCACCAGCCUCAUCAUGUACCCUUCAACCACCCCGGUGUGGCCCACUUUGACGACCUCGACAACCUCCUUCAUGACGCUGCUGGCCAGUUCCCGAUGCUUGGACACCAGGACACUCAUAUCCCCGACUGGAUCGAGAUGGAGCUGCCCAUGGGCACGCAUGCAAUUGAUACUCCGGAAGACAACACCACGUCCAGGUCAACUCCAUCUUCAGAGACUCAUCGUGGCUAUUCUUUUAACUUCCUGUAUGAUUUCACUAGUAGGACCGGUCUCGUCGACUCGUUUGAAUGCGGCACUCAUACGCAAAGGAGGGCGGUCGUAGAUGCCUUCUAUGCAUCAUAUGCCGAGCAGCAAAAACACCAUCAAAAACUUCAACAGAUACAGCAGCAGCAGCAACAACACCUCCAAGCACAGCAACAGAUUCAUGGUCAGCUUGAAUUCCACCCAAUGUUUCCGCAAUUGCAAAAUCCUAUGGGUCAGCCCCCACUUUCGCCCGCUUCGUCGUCAGCUGUCUCAACUUCGGCUACGUCGAAUGAGUAUAGCUAUAUGCCAUGGACUCCUUGGUCCUCUUGGCUCAGUAAUCCAAUCAUUAUCAAGCUGCAAGAGAUUGUGGUUUCGAUCAUGAAUGUAGUCAGACAUAAACCGUCUAACAGUACUUUGGGUACUCUGACUUGGACCCCCGAUAAAGAGCAGGAGUGUCUUCAAUUCUUUUCGCCGCAGAGGUUUGCCAAGUUCCUUGAGCUGUUCUGGUCAUGCUGGCAUCCAAAUGUCAACUUUAUGCAUCGCCCUUCCUUCGACCCCACCAGCGCAAAGCCGACUCUGCUGGCGGCCAUGGCUUUGACAGGCAAUGACACUGAACCUGGAUCACCGGCCGACGAUGAUGCCAAUCCUACUUCGGCUCUACAUUGCAAACGAAAACUUCAGGCGCUGCAAGCUUCGUACAUCGUCUGCCUUUAUCAGAAUUGGGAAGGUUCAGACGCUAGCAAAAGGAGGAUUCGCCGCCAUCGCUUCAACACUGUGGUAUCUGUGGCGAGAGACAUCGGCAUUCCUAUGGCGAAGCAUCUCGAAUAUGGCCGGCUGCUCAGACACGAGUUUGACUGGCACGAGUAUGUGGUGAGGGAAGAACUUAUACGCACCUUCCUGUGGGUAUUUCUUCUCGAUACAGCCUUUGUGAUCUUCAACAAUCUCCCUCACCGCAUGGUUAUCAAGGAGAUGAGGAUGCACAUGGCUAGUCCAGAAGCGGUCUUCCAAGCUCCGACGGCAGAGAAGUGUCUCGAGGAGAUUUAUCAGUGGAUGCCUUCGUCAAGUCCUGUUUGCAACACUCUGCUCCGCGACGUGCUCGAAAACGUCAUCGGCACCACCCUUGACGCAGACACGUUGCAGAGGUUGGCUCGGCUUGGGCCCCUCAAUCUGUUUGUCGUUGUUUCCGUGUUCCAUUAUAUGAUAUUCCAGCACCAGAAUCUGUUCGGGGUAGAAGGUCAGCUUGUGCCGAUCCGUAACGGCCUGGAUAACUGGAUAACGAUCUGGGAGUUAUGGUGCGACCACUGGUCGUCCACGCCGCCCCACUGUAUGGCAGACAGCAACAACCUCACACCCGAAAACAUGUGGAAAAGGAUCGGUUUCAUCCGGUGUUCGGCCGAGUACUGGCUCCUUGGCAGUCUCCUCACGGACCGUAUCGCGCGGAAGACAUCAGGCGGCGUUAGAGAAAACCAGGGCAAGGGGUCGUCUCCGGACUGUUACCCCGACGAGUUGACGGGAAGCGGCAAAGGCAAAUCGAAUGACCCAAUUCUCAUCAAGUACGACCAAACCAGCAUGCGACAGGUCAACGAGCUGAUCAGCGACUUUAAGAAAAUCCAGCUUGAGGAGAAUGAAUGA